GCAGAUGGCGUAAUAGUAGAUAAUCAAAGUUAUUAAACAGUACAAAAGAUAUAUACUUAUUUUAAACUUUAAGUAAAUGUUUAUGAAAUAAACAUGUCGUUAGCAGAUGAAUUACUAGCAGAUCUUGAAGAAAAUGAUAGCGACCGUAUUGCAGAAGAACCAGAACCGGAUUUUAUUCCGACUUCUGUUUCUAAAACUAUCGAAGAAGAAAUAAAAGUAGCAUCUGUAAGAGAAUUAGCAAAACUUCGUGAUUCUAUUCAAUUACAAAAAGUAAUGUCUCAAAUAGAAAAAUACAGCAAAAUUCCUAGAAAAUCAGCAGAUAUCAUUGGACCUGUUGAAUCCGAUCCAGAAUAUCAACUUAUUGUUGAAGCUAAUAAUAUGGCUGUAGAUAUUGAUGAUGAAAUAGCUACUAUACAUCGAUUUACAAGAGAUAAAUAUUCUAAAAGAUUUCCAGAAUUGGAAUCUUUAGUUGUUGGUCCAUUGGAAUAUGUAAUGACAGUUAGAGAACUGGGAAAUGAUUUAGAUAGAGCAAAGAACAAUGAAACAUUACAACAAUUUCUUACUCAAGCAACAAUUAUGGUUGUUUCAGUUACUGCUUCAACAACACAGGGACAAUUAUUAACAGAAGAAGAAAAGGAGGCUAUUUGUGAGGCUUGUGAUAUGGCAGUAGAAUUGAAUAAUUGCAAAUUAAAAAUAUUUGAAUAUGUUGAAAGUAGAAUGGCAUUUAUUGCACCAAAUCUUUCAAUAAUAGUGGGUGCAUCUACAGCGGCAAAAAUUAUGGGUGUUGCAGGAGGAUUAACGAAACUUUCAAAAAUGCCAGCUUGCAACGUUCUAGUUUUGGGAUCUCAAAAAACCACAUUGUCUGGAUUUUCUCAAGUAGCAACUCUUCCUCAUACUGGAUUUAUAUACUAUUCUGAUAUCGUACAAGAAACACCACCAGAUUUACGAAGAAAGGCGGCAAGACUUGUAGCAGCGAAAAGUAUGUUAGCUGCUCGAGUUGAUGCGUGUCAUGAAAGUACAGACGGCCAUAUCGGUCAAAUGUUCCGCGAAGAGAUUGAAAAAAAGCUUGAUAAGCUUCAAGAACCACCUCCUGUAAAAUUUGUGAAACCUUUACCAAAACCUAUCGAUCCAGGACGUAAGAAACGUGGUGGUAAACGUGUAAGAAAAAUGAAAGAACGUUAUGCUAUUACUGAAUUUAGAAAACAUGCAAAUAGAAUGAAUUUUGCUGAUAUUGAAAAUGAUGCCUAUCAAGAAGAUCUUGGUUAUUCGCGAGGAACAAUUGGCAAAGCAGGAACGGGUCGUAUCCGAUUACCGCAAAUUGAUGAAAAAACAAAAGUACGAAUAUCAAAAACACUUCAAAAAAAUUUACAAAAACAGCAACAAUGGGGUGGUAGUACAACAGUUAAAAAACAAGUUUCUGGUACAGCAUCAAGUGUUGCAUUCACUCCAUUACAGGGCUUAGAAAUUGUAAAUCCACAAGCAGCAGAAAAGAAAGUAAAUGAAGCUAAUGCUAAAUAUUUUUCAAAUACAGCUGGAUUCUUAAAAGUGAAAAAAACAUGAUAAAAUUGUACAUAAUGUAAAGUAUAAUAUAUCAUUAAUUAAGUAAAUUUUAACUAUAUAUAUAUAUUUGCUUUUAUAAAAGUUAUACACGUUUUAUUUAUAUAUAUUAAUGUAUUCUUAUAUCAUUGAAUAAUAAUGAAAUUAUAAUUAUUAUAAUAUG